ACCCCACAAAUUCGAUCGGAGAAUACCUCAAACAAGAAUGUCCUCCCGGGUAUCCACGUGAAAGGUCACAUUGCAUCAUCGUAUGUUUGUGUAGUGUCAUGUUUACCGUGCGCUCUUUUCCCGUGCCCACUUCCCGAUCUUGGAAGCAAACAGUAUAGCCGCAAAGCUAAUUUCGAUAAAUAACUUCAUCCCAUGACGCACUGGGAGAGCCAUUGCGCCUCCACCCCAGAAUGAAGCUUCACGUACUGCUUAGCAGCGGCGCAGUGGCACUUGCUCAGCAAGUCUAUCUACCUGUGGACGGGUCUGCAUCGCUUCCGCAAUGCUCUCGCAACGGUUCUUAUGCGACGGCCAUCCCUUCGCACUCUUUCCGUGAAUUCAGCUUCACGCAAACAGAAACGGAAAGGACAGCCACCUCAAGACCUGUACCGACUGCCACCACAACAUUUGCACCAAACUACUCUCAGUUGAGCAGCCUGGUUCCAAAUCUCACCACUACACAAUGGGGUAACUGGGAUCCAGCUUCCAAUGCUACUCCGACGGAUGUUGGGGUGCCCUACGGCAACGCUUCAUGGACCGCUCUAUGGACCGCGAUACCCUGGGUCAACUUUACGCGGGGAAUUUACUCAACAACCGUGGAGCCAACGCCAGUUCCGACAAGCGAGCUGGUCCUUCCACCGCCGGAGCCGUUCGGCCCAGAGACAUGCUACACUUUCCCUGAAGAUUUCUUGCUCGGUGUGGCUGCUUCAGCGGUCCAGAUCGAAGGUGCUGUAGCAGAUGAGGGAAGGACGCCUGUGCACAUGGAUGCUCUCAGUCUCUUCUCACCAGGGCGGGCCGACAAUUUCGUCGCCAAUGAGAAUUACUAUCUCUACAAGCAGGAUAUCGAACGCAUCGCUGCCAUGGGCAUACGCUACUACCGAUUUUCUAUCCCAUGGAGUCGCAUUCUGCCGUUUGUGCUGCCAGACACGCCAGUCAACCAGCAGGGGUUAUCGCACUAUGACGAUCUGAUCAAUCUCGUUCUCGACAAAGGCAUGCUUCCAGCUAUUGUGCUCCACCAUACUGAUACUCCUAUUGAGUUCUACCCCAACGUCAGUUCCAUCCUUAUUGAACCAGGCACAGGAGGCGUCGGCUACACAGACUCGGGAUACCACCUAUCCUACAAGAACGUGUCCUUUGAAGACGCCUUUGUAAAUUACGGCAAGAUCGUAAUGACGCACUUUGCGGAUCGUGUGCCAAUCUGGUGGACAUUUAACGAGCCUCUUCUGGGCGCCAGGAACGGCCACUCCAUCGACGCUGUCAUCAAAGCGCAUGCCCGCCUCUACCACUUUUACAAGUCCGAAAUUAAGGGCACGGGAAAGAUUUCGAUGACUCUGAACGACAACUUUGGCGUUCCGCGCGACCCUUCCAACGCCUCCGAUGUGGACGCCGCAACCCACUUCAACGCCUUCCAGCUCGCGACCUUUGGCAACCCGAUCUUCCUUGGCCAAGACUACCCCGACGCCUUCAAAGACUCAGUAUCAGACUACGUGCCCCUCACAGCAGAGGACCUGUCCUACAUCAACGGCACGGCAGACUUCUUCUCGAUCCAACCCUACACAGCCACCGUCGUCUCCCCGCCUCCCAACGACACCAUCGCCGACUGCGCAGCAAACAUCUCGCACCCGCUCCGCCCCUACUGCGUCACCCAGUCCACUACUACAACCACCGGCUGGAACAUCGGCUACGCCUCCCAAUCCUACGUCUACAUCACCCCCACCUACUUCCGCACGUACCUCAAUUACCUGUACAAUACGUUCCGCGCACCCGUCGCCGUGACCGAGUUCGGCUUCCCCGUCUUCGGCGAGGAUGAUAAGAAGCAGUCCGAUCAGGAGUUCGACAGCCCGCGCAGUCUGUACUACCAGUCAUAUCUCAGCGAGGGCCUGAAGGCGCUGUGGGAGGAUGGCGUCGACUGGAUUGGCGUGUUUGCGUGGAGCUGGGCGGACAACUGGGAGUUUGGGGAUUACAAGCAGCAUUUUGGGAUCCAGACGGUCAAUCGGACGACGCAGGUGAGGCGGUAUAAGAAGAGCUUCUUUGAGUAUGUAGAUUUUGUGGAGAGUCGGAGGCAGAAGUCGGGGUAGCGGUGUGGAGCGAGAAUAUGAUGAUUGAUAGCAAUGCAGUUGAUUGAACGCGCUACUUACCAGGUAGUCGCCGGAUUUGUCUUUGGCUGUUGGGU